CUUCAUACGGAGAUGAUGCUGUAAGCUAUGUGCAUCUUAAGCGUGACGGCAAAUUGUGUAUUGUAAAGUGCAAAAUAUGUCCUGAACGCAAAGUUCAUGCAAAGCUGUAUAGAUGCACACUAGUUGUUGAUGAAGAAAAUGAGAGUAUUCUCUCUGUACAAUGUCAUGACUGCGUAGCUUCACAGGGUGGCUGUAAGCACGCAAUAGCUUUCUUAAUGUGGGUUCAUCGACGAAGUGAGGAACCCUCAUGCAUUCCAUUGAAUGCUAUUGGAAGAAAUCAAAUUUAUCGAGAGUUGGUAGUACUGUUAAAUAUAUGACAGCUAAAGAUUUAUCCAAGGGCGACCCUCUUUUAAAACCAAAUUCAUCAGUUUUGCUGAAGUUCUUAGAAGAGGGAAAAAAGAGGAAUAUUGAAGAUUGUGAACUCUUGAAGUAUCAACCCACAUAUAGUGUGAGUGAAACACAGGCUGUCUCAAUGCAUCAACUUGUGUGGAAUUUCAAAGAGAAAUGUGUUGAUGAAUUCUUAAAAAAAGUUGAAUUAUCCGCAUCUCUAAUAACAAAAGUUGAAGAAGAAACAAGAGAACAAGCCGAUAGCUGUCUUUGGUAUGAGCUGCGGUAUGGACGAAUAACUGCAUCUAGAGCAUUUGAGGUUAGCCGCUGUAAGAAGAAUAAUGGUACACUCGUAUCUCUCAUAUUAGGUGCAAAGAUACCUGAUACUCCAGCUAUGAGACGUGGACGUGUACUAGAAGAUGAAGUAAGAAAAACUGUGGAGAAAAAACUAAAUAAAAAAAUAAAUAAAUGUGGACUGGUAAUAAGUUCAGCUUAUCCUAUGAUUGCUGGUUCCCCUGAUGGCAUAUUUGAAGAUGGUGUAAUAGAAAUUAAAUGUCCCAAUAGUGUGAAAACAUAAAAGUACAAUACUCAAAUGCAACUUCAAAUGUAUUUAACAGGAAAGAAAAACUGUUUCUUUUGUGUAGCUGAUCCAGAUUACAGCCAAAAUAAAAAAGUUGAAGUAUUGACAGUGCAAUAUGAUCCUAAACAUAUUGAAAGUAUAAAAGUUAAGUUAUUGGAG